AUUCACCAUUACUACAAAACCUGGGUUUGGGUUUGGGCCUGGACUGGGCCAGUAUUUGUAGAUCGGCGUCGUUUAGGGUGAAGGUUACCGGGAGCAUUUUCCAAUUUCAAUUUGAACUGGGCAUGAGCAAUAAACCCCAAAAUCUCGGUUGUUGGUCUCUUUUACUCAGCAAGUGAAGAAGAGGAGAAAAGAGAAAAGCUUUCCAAAAUGUUCAAGCUAUCGCGCGUGCUUCAUCUCACCUCCACUUCUAGAAAAAAAACAGAAGGUUUUUAAAAAGGGCUUUGGAGAAUUUUGUGUAAAUUGCUUAAUGUGGUGUGAAUCUGGACACGCCAUACCCCAGAGGCAUAGGCUGUUGGAAGUGUUGUCGUCUAGGAAUGUUGAAGUGGGAGACUCUCUGUGGGAUCGGCGUGAUUUUACCCAUUCAGCCGGCAUUUCUACUUCUACAAAUAAUUAUGCUGCUAAAGGGUAUGCCUCGGAUCGUAUAUUUGCUCCGUAUACUGUUUACAAGGGCAAAGCGGCAUUCUCGUUGAGUCCUUGUCUUCCAACUUUUACUAAGUUGGAUUCCGGGACUGUUGUAGUUGAUCGACGUGGUUCAAUCAUGAUGACUUUCAUGCAUUCUAUUGGAGAACGCAAAUAUGACUGGGAGAAGAGACAGAGAUUUGCUCUCUCAGCCACUGAAGUUGGUUCUUUGAUAAAUAUGGGCUCUCAAGAUUCCUCUGAAUUCUUUCAUGACCCUUCAAUGUUAUCAAGUAAUGCUGGUCAAGUAAGAAAGAGCUUAUCUAUUAAGCCCAAUGCAAACAGCAAUGGAUACUUUGUGUCAUUGAAUGUUGUCAACAACCUGUUAAACACCAAAGACUACUUCAGUGUUCCUGUCACAGCUGCCGAGUUUGCUGUAAUGAAGACAGCUUGCAGUUUUGCAUUGCCACACAUUAUGGGUUGGGACCAGAUAACUAAUCCGCAAUCCAGAGGCACAGAAUCCAGAGGCACAGUGGGCAUUCAACGGAAGGGUGGCUCUCAAGUUUUAGAUUUGGAAUGGGAAAAAUGAAUUGCUGCAGAGGAAUAUGAAAUGGAUCCUUGUUUGUUUCGCAAUUCCAUUUGUAUAUUGUCAAUUUGAAGACUAGGAUUACUAGUUAUCAAUUUUGUAUAUUAUAAAUGGCAAUAUUUGAUCAGGUGUCAGCAGCUUUUUGCCAUUAACCAUGUUAUUGUGUUGUCAUAUAACUUGUAAAACCACUCAGGUCUUCUGUCUGGUUUUGAAAAUACUAUCUGGCUGUUUGAACAUCAACAGUCUGAUUGCAACACGGACGAAUAUGAGUCGUCAAGUUAAAUGCUAACAGAUUUAAUAGUUAGUUGA